AUUUACAUAAAGUAGAUCAAUACAGAGAUCUUGAUAGACUUAUUAACAUGUUGUCGCUUGCCAAAGAAAAAUAUUUGCCUUUAACUGAAUAUAGAUAUUCUGUUAAAAAAGUAUUUGAAGUACAACCAACAGCUGCACAAAUACCAACAAAUAUUCAAAAAGAACUCUCUAAACAUUUUCAAUAG